AUGGAUAAAAGUUGGAUAAAUCAACAUAGGUUGCACCCGGAAUACAUACAAGGGGUUAAGGAAUUUAUUAAAUUUGCAUGCGAAAAUAAGCCGUUGUUGAAUGAAGUCACAUGCCCAUGUAAACGGUGUCGUAAUGUCAAAUUGGUGGAGAAGGGCCUGUUAGGGGAACAUUUAAUGAUCAACGGGUUUCUUCCAAGUUACACCAGUUGGAUUUUUCAUGGGGAGAAUUUGUCAUCGCCUAUGCCACAAAAUGUGAAUGUCGGGCAAACUGAUUCGAACAAUGGUGAUGAAACGUAUGAAAUGCUAUACGAAGGAUUUGGACUUCCUCCACCAAGCUUUAUUCACGAGGCAGCAAGUUCUGGUAUUAAACAAGGUCCAGAUGAGAAAAUUGAAAAAUUCUUCAAUUUAUUGAAAGAGGCCGAAAGAGAGUUGUAUCCUGAGUGUCAGAAGUUUUCAACGCUUUCAUUUAUUGUUCGGUUAUUGCACAUCAAGUGCCUUAGUGGAUGGAGUGACAAGUCUUUCACGAUGUUGCUCAAGCUUUUGAAGGAUUCGUUCCCAAAGGGUGAAACUUUGCCGAAGUCAUUUUAUGCAACUAGGAAACUUUUUAGGGACUUGGGCCUCGAUUAUCAUAAGUUCGAGGGGGAGGAGAAUGAUGUUAAGAAGAAGCAACAAAGAAUUCCACAUAAGAUUGUUAGAUACUUUCCAUUGAUUCCAAGGCUUCAAAGAUUGUUUAAGUCAUCCAAAACAUCUUCUUUAAUGAGAUGGCAUGCAGAGGGCCGAAUUGAUGAUGGCAAAAUGAGACAUCCCGCUGACUCUCCAGUUUGGAAAAUUUUUGAUAAUUUGUACCCCAAGUUUGCGAGUGAGCCUCGCAAUGUCAGACUGGGUUUAGCAGCGGAUGGAUUCAAUCCAUUCAAGGCAAUGAAUGUCUCUCAUAGUAGUUGGACAGUUAUUAUAAUGCCAUACAAUUUGCCACCAUGGUUGUGUAUGAAGCAGCCUCAUAUGAUGAUGACAUUGCUUAUCGAUGGUCCUUCUUCAACUGGAAAUAAUAUUGACGUCUACUUACGCCUUGUAGUGGAUGAAUUGAAAGAACUGUGGGAAAACGGUGUUGACACGUAUGAGGCGGAAACUAAUCAGAUGUUCCGAAUGCAUGCUGUGUUAUUGUGGACUAUAAACGAUUUUCCUGCCUAUGCAAUUUUGUCUGGAUGGAGCACGAAAGGCGCUUUAGCUUGUCCUUGUUGUAACACACAUACUCGUUCUCGAUAUUUGAAGAACGGAAGGAAAUUAUGUUACAUGGGGCAUCGUCGCUAG